GCCCCCCGCUGGAUGAAGCAAACACACCCGGUGAUCGAGCAAGUCCUCAGUCCGGCUAAAAGUUCUGGAGAACAGGGUCAGAGCCGACCAGAGUCCCGGAGGUCCACACUGGAUAUAAAACGGAGCAACACACGGACAUAACUGUAAUUUAAACUCCCAAAGACGGACGGAAGGACUCGGGUUGGCUCGGCUUUGUUCGCUUCAGCUCCAGAUAUAUACAUAAACAAAAUAGUUUCAUUCGUAGUCUCAUCAAAAACAGUUCGGUUGUUUUUUUGCAGCUUCCCUUUUUGUCACCUUAAGUUUAUUAAUUUAAUUCAGACCGAAAAAGAAACUCAACCAACAGCUGACUGACGAAACGUCACCACCGGAAACAAUAAUAAUAAUACCGAGACAAAGACGUCACCACCGGACAGUCCACUCUACUGCACCGGUUCAAACUCAGAGGGAAACAUUUUAGUUUUGAUGUCUUCAACAACCUCUGCUCCAUAGACAGACUGCUGCUGCGACUCACCUGGCUUCCUGUUUACCUGCAGCCCCUCUCUUUAAAGAACAAGAUGAGCAUGGCCGUGACUGCAGCCAGUUCUCAGCGCUGUCUGAAGAGACUGUUGGACGAGCCCCAGGACAAUUCACCCAAAUGGAAAGCAGCUCGCCUGGAUCCGACCCCUCCGGCCACCGGACUCUCGCAGUGCCUCAGGCCCAUACGCCCCUCCCCCAAGCCCGACCAGAGCCAAUCGCCUUCCAGAGUGGGAUCCUACAUCCUGUUUAAACGCUGCGAGGGGGAGAAGACUUACAGGGCCGAGCACGCACACACAAAACAGCAAUACACCUGCCAGGUGAUUCCUCUGCGUGGUUACCAGGAGCGGUUGGCUGCUUACUCCCGCAUCGGUGACCAUGACAACAUCUGCAGCCUGCAGGACGUAGUGAUUGGCCAGGACAGCGUGUACGUCUUCCUUCCCACUCACCACGGUGACAUGCACGCGUAUGUGCGAAGCAGGAAACUUGUCGGCGAAGAGGAGGCGGGGCAUCUGUUCACUCAGAUGCUGAACGCCGUGACGCACUGUCACCAGCACGGCGUCGUCCUGAGAGACCUGAAGCUCCGCAGGUUCGUCUUCACCGACAAAUACAGGACACGUGUUGCUCUGCUCGGCCUCGACGACUGCGUCCUCCUGCACGGGAACCGUGACGACGACUCUCUGACGGACAGACACGGCUGCCCCGCCUACGUCAGCCCCGAGCUACUGACCAAUGGGCGCAGGUCUUACUCGGGCCGCGCCGCAGACAUCUGGAGCCUGGGCGUGUCUCUGUACACCAUGCUGAUUGGACGAUACCCGUUUCAGGACACGCAACCUGCCGCGCUGUUCACUAAGAUCCGCCGCGGGGCCUUCAGCCUGCCUGAUUGGCUUUCGCCACGAGCCAAGUGUCUGAUUGGCUGCAUGCUGAGGAAGUCACCCGCAGAGAGACUGACGGCGUCGGAGCUGCUGAUGCACCCGUGGCUGAACAAUCCCCACACGCAACAUCACAAAACACAAAAGACUCAUCACAGCUCGCACAAAACACCACAGACUAAACAAGAGGACGAUGACCAGUUGGUUCCAACAUGGACUGAAAAACACUAAGACACACAAUUGUACUUCUAUACUUGUGAGGACCCAAAUCAAUGUAAUUCACCCCACCCCUAGAGUUUUAAAGAAGUAUUAUUGUUUGCAUCGAUGCCAUAAAGAAAGCCAACAGCUAGCUUCUAAUUUAGCAAGUUCUUCAGACCACUCGGUAAAAAUCCAAAACACAUUGCUUCGUGUUUUUUUUAUUUGGCUUUGGUUGUUCCACCCAAAUCCGUAACUGCUGAUACAUACAGGGGAACAUCCAAACCCCAUCCUCUUAUGGUUUUGGUGUCGCAAUGGUUGAAGCAUGUCCUUUUCUGUGGUAAACUAAGUAUUCAUUUACACAAGAACUCGUACCAAGAAACAGACAGUAUUGCAUAAUUAAAAAGGAAGGAUUAUUAUUGGGAAACCAAUCUAAAUGCUGAUAGUGCCAUUCUUCUCCAGCCAUUACAUUCCACAGUGAAGGAACAUUUACUUAAUCGUUAAUUCAUUCCAUAACUUGUCUAUUGCCAUUAAGCUAAUUAGCCCCAACCCUUGGGGGACCUUAACCUGAUAUUUACUCUAAUGUAAAAAAAAAAAACUGAAAACCUCAAACAGCCUUCAGACAAAAUAUUACAACCAUUCAAAAA